GAUACUUCCAAAUUCGCGAAUUCAUUUUUUUAUUUCUUGAUCGUUGGGCGAAAAAAAAAAUCAAACACGUUAAAAAACCAAAACACACAUUAGAUAGAGAUAACACCAAACAUGACAUUACCACAAGCUAGUGCUGUUCCAAUAACGAACAAAGGCUCACUAGAGACAAUCACAUUAAAAAAUUUAGUUGCCUUGGAUUUGAUUGAAAGUAAUGAAAACUUGUUGAAAGCUUUCAGAUUGUUUGAUGAUUCCAAAACUAAAAUAUCACUAGGUGAUAACUUAACUAAAGAACAAUUACAAAACUUGAUUAAACAGAAACAAAAUGAAAUAAAUACACAGCAAGAUGAAUUGAAAACUUUGAAACAUCAAAUUUCUCAAGAUAUGGAUAAAGAUAAUCAAUUGAUCAAUAGCUUAGCUUCAGAAUUUCUUAAAGAUGAAAUUGCACAAGAUGACACAGAUCAGCUAAUAGCAGAAUUUGAAGAAAAAAAUGAUGUUAAAGUACAGUUCAAUGAAAAUGGUGAUCAUUUUAAAGAAUUUAGUUUGGAUUUAGGUAUUAAUGCUGCUACAAAACCAAAAGACGAAUCAACAGAUAGUCAAAUCCCUGAACAAUCUUCACAACCAUUCCCACCAUCGUCUAAUGCAACAAUACAAGUUCCAACAUCUGCUCCUGAAUCCACAACUAUAAAUAAUGACACAACUCAACCACCAUCAGAACAAGCAGCGUCACAGCAAGAUAACGAUACAGUGAUGGAAGAAUAG